UGCGUCGCCGCCCUUGGGGCUCCUUCCUCCUUGGACACCGCUGGGGCAGCCCCUGAUGGGGCUGGGCGGCUUCGCCCCCGCGGGCUUUGUCGGCUCUUUUCCCCUCCGCUGGUAACGGCUGCUGUCGCUCCUCCCGUGACCCGCGCGCUGAGGUAGCUCCAGAGGAACAAAACUGUGGAAGUUCUUCACGUACAAUUUCUGAAGUACACACCAGAGGACGUCAAAAUGUCAGGAGCUUCUGUCAAGGUGGCUGUCCGGGUCAGGCCCUUUAAUUCCCGGGAGAUCAGCAAGGAGUCCAAGUGCAUCAUCCAGAUGCAAGGCAACUCAACUAGCAUACUCAACCCAAAGAAUCCCAAGGAAGCAGCAAAAUCAUUCAGCUUUGACUAUUCUUACUGGUCACACACCUCGCCUGAAGAUCCUUGCUUUGCAUCUCAGAAUCGUGUGUACAAUGACAUUGGAAAGGAGAUGCUGUUACACGCCUUUGAGGGCUACAACGUCUGUAUCUUUGCAUAUGGCCAAACUGGAGCUGGGAAAUCCUAUACUAUGAUGGGAAAGCAGGAGGAAAACCAAGCGGGGAUCAUACCACAGCUCUGUGAAGAAUUGUUUGAGAAGAUCAAUGACAACAGCAACGAGGAAAUGUCUUACUCGGUGGAGGUCAGUUACAUGGAGAUCUACUGUGAGAGAGUAAGAGACUUGUUGAACCCCAAGAACAAGGGAAACCUUCGUGUUCGGGAGCAUCCGCUGCUUGGGCCCUAUGUGGAAGACCUGUCCAAACUUGCCGUCACUUCUUAUACUGAUAUUGCAGACCUCAUGGAUGCUGGAAACAAAGCUAGGACGGUUGCUGCUACGAACAUGAAUGAAACCAGCAGUCGUUCUCAUGCCGUUUUUACCAUUGUUUUCACUCAGAAGAAACAUGACCCAGAAACUGACCUUUCCACUGAGAAGGUUAGUAAGAUCAGCCUUGUGGAUCUUGCAGGGAGCGAGAGAGCGGACUCCACGGGUGCCAAAGGGACUCGAUUAAAGGAAGGAGCAAACAUCAACAAGUCUCUUACCACAUUGGGAAAAGUCAUUUCAGCCUUGGCAGAAGUGAGCAAGAAGAAAAAGAAGACUGAUUUUAUUCCAUACAGGGAUUCUGUGCUGACGUGGCUACUUCGGGAAAACCUAGGUGGCAACUCCAGAACUGCCAUGGUGGCUGCUCUGAGUCCGGCAGAUAUAAACUAUGAUGAAACUUUAAGCACUUUAAGAUAUGCUGAUCGGGCCAAGCAGAUCAAAUGCAAUGCAGUUAUCAAUGAAGAUCCCAAUGCCAAACUGGUGCGGGAGCUGAAGGAAGAAGUUACACGGCUCAAAGACCUCCUUCGUGCUCAAGGACUUGGAGAUAUUAUUGACACGUCCAUGGGCUCCCUCACUGCAUCCCCAUCUUCCUGCUCUCUCAGUAGUCAGGUGGGCUUAACGUCUGUCUCCAGCAUCCAAGAAAGAAUCAUGUCCACUCCUGGAGGCGAGGAAGCCAUCGAACGUUUGAAGGAAUCUGAGAAAAUCAUCGCAGAGCUGAAUGAGACGUGGGAGGAGAAGCUCCGGAAGACGGAAGCCAUCAGGAUGGAGAGAGAAGCUUUGCUGGCUGAGAUGGGAGUUGCCAUUCGAGAAGAUGGAGGAACCCUUGGAGUUUUCUCACCUAAAAAGACACCACAUCUUGUCAACCUCAAUGAAGAUCCCCUCAUGUCAGAGUGUCUGCUCUACUAUAUAAAAGAUGGUAUAACCAGGGUUGGCCAGGCGGAUGCUGAACGGCGUCAAGACAUUGUUCUCAGUGGAGCUCACAUCAAAGAGGAACAUUGCAUCUUCCGAAGCGAGAGGAACCACAAUGGCAACGUUAUUGUCACUCUGGAACCUUGUGAGCGCUCUGAGACCUACGUCAAUGGCAAGAGAGUCAUUCAGCCUGUCCAGCUGCGCUCAGGAAAUCGCAUCAUCAUGGGUAAAAACCACGUUUUCCGUUUCAACCACCCUGAGCAAGCACGAGCUGAAAGGGAGAAGACUCCUUCAGCAGAGACACCCUCAGAGCCAGUUGACUGGACAUUUGCUCAGCGAGAACUGCUGGAGAAACAGGGAAUUGAUAUGAAGCAGGAGAUGGAGAAAAGACUUCAAGAAAUGGAGAUUCUGUACAAGAAGGAGAAAGAGGAAGCUGAUCUCUUACUGGAGCAACAGAGGCUGGACUAUGAGAGUAAACUCCAGGCCUUACAGAAGCAGGUUGAGACGCGGUCCUUGGCUGCUGAGACCACGGAGGAAGAGGAGGAGGAAGAAGAGGAGGUGCCCUGGACUCAGCAUGAGUAUGAACUUGCCCAGUGGGCUUUCAGGAAAUGGAAGUUUCACCAGUUCACUUCCUUAAGAGAUCAGCUUUGGGGGAAUGCAGUCUAUCUGAAAGAAGGCAACGCGAUCAGUGUGGAACUGAAAAAGAAGGUGCAAUUCCAGUUUGUUCUGCUGACCGACACUCUCUACUCUCCACUGCCUCCUGAGUUGCUGCCCUCUGAGACAGAGAAGAGCCGAGAUGACCGACCUUUCCCUCGAACCGUGGUUGCUGUGGAAGUCCAGGAUCUUAAGAAUGGUGCAACGCAUUAUUGGUCCCUUGAGAAACUCAAGCAACGGCUGGAGCUGAUGCGGGAGAUGUAUGACCGGGCGGGAGAAAUGGCCUCCAGCGCACAGGAUGAAACUGAGAGCACCAUGACGGGGAGUGACCCUUUCUACGAUCGGUUCCAUUGGUUCAAGCUGGUUGGGAGCUCCCCCAUUUUCCACGGCUGCGUGAACGAGCGCCUGGCUGACCGUACGCCCUCCCCCACUUUCUCCACGGCUGACUCCGACAUCACUGAGCUGGCCGAUGAACAGCAGGACGAGAUGGAAGACUUUGACGACGAGGCCUUUGUGGACGAUACCGGCUCCGAUGCUGGCACCGAGGAGGGAUCGGAUCUCUUCAACGAUGGGCACGACCCGUUUUACGACCGAUCCCCUUGGUUCAUUUUAGUGGGAAGGGCAUUUGUUUACUUGAGCAACCUUCUUUACCCGGUCCCGCUCAUCCACAGAGUAGCAGUGGUCAGCGAGAAGGGGGAAGUGCGUGGGUUCCUGCGAGUGGCUGUCCAAGCUAUUGCAGCGGACGAAGAAGCCCCGGAUUAUGGAUCUGGUGUGCGGCAGUCUGGCACAGCUAAAAUCUCAUUUGAUAAUGAGUAUUUUAACAAGACGAAUUUUUCAUCAGUUGCCAUGACCCGCUCUGGCUUGUCCUUGGAGGAACUGAGAAUUGUGGAGGGUCAGGGUCAGAGUUCAGAGGUCAUCACCCCGCCUGAAGAAAUCAACAGAAUGAAUGAUCUGGACCUGAAGUCCGGGUCUUUGCUGGAUGGGAAGAUGGCCAUGGAAGGCUUUACGGAAGAGGUCGGCAACCACCUGAAGCUGGGCAAUGUGUUUACUUUCCGAGUGACAGUGCUACAGGCCAGUGGAAUACUUCCGGAGUAUGCAGAUAUAUUCUGCCAGUUCAACUUUCUGCAUCGACAUGACGAAGCUUUCUCUACGGAACCUCUCAAGAACAAUGGCCGAGGGACGCCGCUUGGUUUCUACCAUGUCCAGAAUAUUUCUGUGGAAGUGACAGAAUCCUUUGUGGAAUACAUCAAGACGAAGCCUAUAGUUUUUGAAGUCUUUGGACAUUAUCAGCAGCAUCCGCUCCAUCUACAAGGGCAGGAUCUCAACAGCCCUCCACAGCCAUCUCGGCGGUACUUCCCUCCUCCCAUGCCACUUUCAAAGCCAGUCCCAGCUACCAAGCUCAACACGCUGAGCAAACCCAGCUUGGGCCAGAGCGUGACCAAAUACGACCUCCUGGUCUGGUUUGAGAUCAGCGAACUGGAGCCCACCGGAGAAUAUAUUCCUGCUAUUGUUGACCAUACGGGCGGGCUACCCUGCCAGGGGACCUUCCUGCUUCACCAGGGAAUACAGCGUAGGAUCACUGUCACUAUUAUCCACGAGAAAGGCAACGAGCUGCACUGGAAGGAUGUGCGGGAACUGGUGGUUGGGCGCAUCAGAAACAAAGCAGAAGUGGAUGACGCUGCAGUGGAUGCCAUCCUGUCUCUGAAUAUUAUCUCUGCAAAAUAUCUGAGGUCUCACAGCUCCAGUAGAACUUUCUACCGCUUUGAGGCAGUUUGGGACAGCUCCCUUCAUAACUCCCUCCUCCUGAACCGAGUGACGCCCUAUGGAGAAAAAAUCUACAUGACCCUGUCUGCUUACUUGGAGCUCGACCAUUGCAUCCAGCCAGCUGUUAUCACCAAGGAUGUCUGCAUGGUCUUCUACUCACGAGAUGCCAAGAUCUCUCCCCCUCGCUCAUUGCGCAGUCUCUUUGGCAGUGGCUAUUCCAAAUCCCCAGAUGCCAAUCGAGUAACUGGAAUCUAUGAGCUCAGCUUGUGCAAAAUGGCAGACACGGGCAGCCCAGGAAUGCAGAGGAGGAGAAGGAAAGUCCUGGACACUUCCGUGGCCUAUGUCCGUGGAGAAGAGAACCUGGCAGGGUGGAGGCCUCGGGGGGACAGUCUCAUUCUGGAGCACCAGUGGGAACUGGAGAAGCUGGAAUUGCUGCAUGAGGUUGAGAAGACACGUCACUUCUUGCUGCUGCGUGAGAAGCUUGGUGACACCAUCCCCAAGUCCCUGAGUGACUCGUUGUCCCCCAGCCUCAGCAGUGGGACACUCAGUACCUCCACCAGUAUCUCCUCCCAGAUUUCAUCCACCACCUUUGAGAGUGCCGUCACACCCAGUGAAAGCAGCGGCUACGACUCAGCAGAUAUUGAGAGCCUGGUGGACCGGGAGAAGGAGCUGGCCACCAAGUGCCUGCAGCUUCUCACUCAUACUUUCAACCGUGAAUUUAACCAGGUCUACAACAGCAUCAGUGAUUGUAAGCUUUCUGAUAUCUCUCCACUUGGGCGGGACCCCUCGGUAUCAAGUUUCAGCAGUGCCACCCUCACACCUUCGUCUACGUGCCCUUCGUUGUCAGAUUCGAGGUGCAACUCCGUGGAACAGAAGACUCCCGAAGCGAAUUCUCGCGCCUCCAGUCCUGGCCCAGAGGGCGAGUCGUUCCAACUGAUGCCCCCUGUUGAAGCCUCUUACCUGGCCAGGGCAGGCAAAAAUGAGUUUCUGAACCUUGUUCCUGAUAUUGAAGAGAUCAGACCUGGCUCUGUGGUCUCCAAAAAGGGCUACCUGCACUUCAAGGAGCCGCUUUCCCCAUCAUGGGCCAAGCACUUCGUGGUGGUCCGUCGACCGUAUGUCUUCAUUUACAACAGCGACAAGGACCCUGUGGAAAGGGGCAUCAUCAACCUCUCCACGGCUCAGGUGGAGUACUCGGAGGAUCAGCAGGCAAUGGUGAAGACCCCCAAUACUUUCGCUGUGUGCACGAGGCACCGUGGCGUCCUGCUUCAAGCCAUCAAUGACAAAGAUAUGAAUGACUGGCUCUAUGCCUUCAACCCCCUUCUCGCCGGCACAAUACGAUCCAAACUCGCCCGAAGACGCACGGGCCAGCUGAAAUACUGAGUCCACACGCAGUCCUCGUCCAGUUUUUUUCUCCUCUCUAACACGCCUUCAGAUAUAGAUAAAGUGUUACAUCUCAUUUUUCUGUGAUUCUUGAAUUUUUCUCUUCUUGUAUGUGACCCUGUGGCUUAACUUCCCUUGUCUCCACCUCCCUCCCCACCCCCCAUGGUACUUCCCCCAACUAUUCUAACCCCUCAUUUUCUCUUUUAAUUUCUCUUUUCACCUGUGCUGAAAGUACUAUUAGUAGCAUGUGGCCAAAACAGACAAAACGAUUCAAUGGGAAUUUAGAAAGGAGAGUGGGUGGGGUUCCAGUUUAUCUGCACGACUUUUUAAAAAAUGUGUGUGGGGGAAUAAUUUUGUUUCUCUAGGUGAUCCAUUUCUCAUUCUGAUGGACUUUGUCUCCGUGAUGUCCAUUGUCUCUGUCUGGAAUACUCCUUGGCUUUUCUCCUGACUUUCAGUCAUCUGGCAGUAUCCAAACCGCUGCUCUUCAAAUCAUGUGCCCCGUAGAAGGGUGAAAAUAUCUCUUGUUGCACAUGGAUCGGGACAAAGAAUAUUGAGUCUCCCUCUGAACAAGCAGACUGCCAGUGAAUUUGGACAGCUUCGUUCUCCCCAACAUACCUUGACUUUUAUUUUUAUUGGCAGUAAUUCUAAGCUGCUUUUCUCCCGUUCGGCAUUCAGUGGCUUCCAGUUGUCUGUUUCGCAGUUUUUAUGCAUUGGGACUCAGCUGAAAGUGGGGGGUUUGUGUGUGUGCAUGUGCGCGCCUGUGUGUGUGAGUGAUUGAGUGACAGCCUCAGCAUGUGAUGGCAGCACAGCCACCUUCUCUUGAUUGAGCUAGUUUCUCACAGCUUGGCCAAUGAAUGUUGGCUACUGGAUCCCACCAUGUUCAGGAAAAUGAGUCCCACAACAUUCCCAGCUCCCAAGGAUUGCAAAAUUCAGCAAAAUCUCUCUGUGUGGGGGUUGUUGGACUAAAACCUCCUCUCGCUAUAUGUGGUUUGGGAUCUGAAUGAGCUUGUGGAAAGGGAGAGACCCAGUUUCUCCUGUCCACAGCGUAACACAGCAUAGGUUUGAGCUAGCGAAGCCCACUCAUUGGACCUGCUCCUUUUAACUCUUUGCAAGUAUGAGUGGGGCGCAGGAGAGAAGUUUUAACUUUUGUCAAGGAGUCUGUGCCCCUUCUGUAAUCUCGGCAAUCCUCCAGCCCGCAGGUCAGAACUGCUUCAGCAAUCUUGUAGCCAAGAAGCUUAUUCCUACUUCUGCAAGCACAAAGCAGGUACCUCAUCCAACAUUGCUCAUUUGGCUUGCCCGGCUGCCUGAGAUGCUGCUUCAUUGGCUUGAGGUUUCCCAUCAGAGCAGAACAGAGGAGGUAGUAAACCUGAGUGUACUCCAGCAGGGGUGGGCUCUGAGGAAGGCAGGGUUCUUCUGUGUGCAAAGACCUAAAUCCCAGGACAUAGCUAAGUUCUCCUGCCUGGUUUGCUGGUUUUCUUUGUGCUGGGAUGUUCCCUUUGAGUGUGCAGAGGAGCUUUCAUUCAGUUGGACCCUUGUGUGCAGUCUGAAGUGGGUGAACUCAUACACAGGUUUGCCUUCUCUCUGCAGUUUGUGGGAACUUUUGCCUUUGUUGAAACCCUUUAUCAAGUCUCCACUGAAGGUUAAAUUAAGCUUCUCUCCUUAGGAGGGUGAUUGCAUUUCCAAAAUCCCUUCUGGCCAGAGGGCACCAGUCUCCACCUCUUCCCAAGCCCGCUUGAACUUCUGGGGCUCACUUUAGUCCACAGGAACACCAGUUGCUGAGGCUGUGGAGCACUUUCUGCCUGGGGUUUGCAUGCCAAGAGUGCGCUCACUCACUGUCCAUCCAGCUUAGGUGCAUCUCAAGAAGUUCACCCUCUGGGUCAGCUCAGGAACAUAGUCUUAAUUCACACCAUCCUCAGCUCUGAAUAGAGACUCUCUGGCCUGUAAAUAUAGGAGGGAUCUCUUGUCAAUUGAGUAACCUCAUUGUGUUUCAGCCAUAACAUGUGACAUCUCUGAGCUUGCAAUUGCACUGAGUCAGAAAGGUCAAGGGGGUGUCUUUAAUAUAACCCUUUCUUUGGACUUAGUAGGUGGUCAGGCUGUUAAGUACUCUUGCCAUCUUUUUUACCCACUCUGUUGGGGUGGAUGGGGGAGCAAGGAGGAUUGCUUUAGGAACCUGGGUCAUCCAUUGGAAGGGAGAAGGCAGUCCACGUGGCUAUUGUUCAUCGUAUUCCAUCUGUAGGUGUCAGUCUCAAUACAGUGGUGAUUUUUUCCCUCGUUACACAGCAGGCACACUAUGCACUUGCCAGCAUGUGUUUGUGUGUGGGCCCAAACAGAGGCUGCUGUUUCAGGAACUCAGCAGAUUUUGCAGUGGUUUUAAUGAUGGUCUUGCGGUUUCAUGAGGAGCACUGAGUCACUGCAGCCGCCACCUGCAGUGAGACAAAAGGUUGGGGGAUCUUUGUGGAUCAAGAAGAUCCUAGAAACGUUUACGUGGCAAUAUUUAUGUGCGCACUAAGAUAACUUUUUAUGUACGUGUGUUUGUUUUUUAAAAUACUUGGAACAAAACUAGGUCUGUAAAGUCUUUGCUUUGGAAAGAUCACUCACCUGGGGUGAGCAAUAAGCUCCACGGGUACCCUAUAAGCAUUAAGGAGCUCAAGUGCCAGGACCUUAACUUGCAGAUGGGAAUUACAGCACCAUGUUUAUGUAAAGGUCACCUUGAUCAGUCUGCUUUGGGGUUGACUGGGAUGAGCGACCCAGGUCAGGACUUAGAGGGGGGCAAACUUCCACUCCCAGCCUUAGCUUUCAGGAAUGGAGCUUUAAUCUGCUCUGGGAACACUAAGCUAAUGUCUUCACAGAAUCAGGGCCUGGCUUGGACUGGCAGCUCUUCCAUAGGGGUCAUUCAAUGGUUCUUGCCCCAAUAUGGUGUCCCCUUUUGGCAAAGCAAACAGGAAUGCAUAUUUUUAGGAGCAUCUUAAUUCUGCCCAAAGCAUCCCAAAUUCUGGAAGAGGAAAUCUGGGUGAGUGAGGGAACAGACUGCAAAUUUGCCUUCUUUUUGAGGCUACAAACCCCCCUCUAGGGUUGUGAGGAUCUACCUAGUAGGUGCAGUCCUAGAGUUAGCCAGCUCUCAGGACUGACCAUAGGGCUGUGCACCAUGCCGUGGGCCAGCCAACCCACCGAGCACAGGACCUGCCCUAAAGGUUUGGAUCCUCACCUCUUGCAUGGGGUCUGCAGCUUUCUCGGUCAAGGCUGCAGUCUGAACCACAAACAUGAUUUUUUUUGUUCUGUACCAGUUCUUGAUGGUUUUAAAGCAAUGCACUUUAACUCUUCCGGCCAGUGUCCCCUGUUCAAGGAAACUGUGGAGGGGGAGGGGGGUCCACACCUGUGGGAAGGUUUGUCCCAACCUCUCCUUCCACACAUCCCCUGUGGGGUUUCAAAGCAAAGACUUUCCUUUUCUGCUGCUUUAUCUAAUAAUUUACAGGGAAUAUUUAAUUUGUUUUAUGAAGUAAAUGUAUAUUUAUGCACCUGUAGUUUAACUGCACACUAAAAUAGGACGUGCCUUUGGGCUUACCUGCCCAUCGGCACGUUCUGCGAUCGAUUAAUACUGUCUAUGCCUAUGCAUCCACGGUACGCUGUUCCUCAGCAUCAACUGCUGGUUGGAGUUUUAAGUCAUUAUGUCCGCUUUUUUGUUAACCUGCUGCUUUAAAGACAAGGGAGGAAACUAAUGUUGCUGCUCUUGAAGUUUGUUGAAUGUAUGUGAAACAUGACUUCACCCUGCAUGUGUCACAUUUCUCCACGGUGGCCAACGGCUUCACCCUUGGAUCUGUGGUCCAAUACGUACUUUUUUUUACAUUACAGGAAUGUAUCAAACGUUGUGCUUCCUCAUUCAAGCAAAAACAUCAGCCGUUUGGAACCAGAAAUGGAGACUUGAUUCUUUUGUUGUUGUUCCGGAGGCCAUUUAUGCUCUCAGAGUGCAGGUGCACAAAGCACGCAUUCAAAUAAUACUGGAAAGGACUUCGCAAUUGCAUUGCUGUUAGUUUAAGGCCAGUGUUGAAGGGAACACUUAUGCAUUCAGGAUACAGAAAAUGCUGCUUCUCUUUCAGCAUUGCUGAUAUGAUGCCCUCACCCAGAGCAGAGUUGAGCUAUGCCAGCAUCCCCUGAAGCCAGAAAGGAUUUCCAUACACUCUUUACCCAUUUUGGGGUGGUUUUCCUGUUUACUGAAAGCAUUCCAUAAACAUUCUUCUCCUUGGCCUGCACGACAUAAGUGGCCUUCCAGAACAAAUUUAUGUUUCUUUUUCCCCCCAGAACCAACCUCACCCUAGUGAAAGAAGUACAUUCACAACACUGUACACUAUUAAUUUUUGACUUCUGUGGGUUUUUGUUCCUCCAUGUUUUAUUUUGUAAAUAUAUCUGACGUUUGGAGCUUGGGUAUACAAAAUGUAAAUACGAUUCAUGUAUUUGUACUAAUUCCAAUCCAUUUGCUGUAUAGCCUUUAGGUGUGCAAUGCAAAUACUAUCUAACUCUUGUGUAUGGUAACUUCACACCACUGAACUGUUAGUGAACGAGGUGGAAACUAAUAAAGAUGCAGCCUUCCAGUGCAUUAGCAAGUA